CCCGGCGCGCUCCCUCUUCCCCCCCCACCUCCCUCCCCUCCUCCCCGCCCGCCCUCCCUCCUCUCCCGCUCCGCCGCUCCCGGCGCCGUUACAGCUCAGCGUACCCAGUGACCAAAGAUCCACCUGCUGACAAAGCUUGACGCGACCCAACGCGGCUCAAAAUGGACACCGGUGUCAUUGAAGGUGGUUUAAAUGUCACGCUCACCAUCCGGCUACUUAUGCACGGAAAGGAGGUGGGAAGCAUCAUUGGGAAGAAAGGGGAAUCUGUGAAGAAGAUGCGUGAGGAGAGCGGUGCUCGCAUUAACAUCUCGGAAGGGAACUGUCCCGAGCGGAUCAUCACUCUGGCAGGCCCCACCAACGCCAUCUUCAAAGCGUUUGCCAUGAUCAUUGACAAACUGGAAGAGGACAUCAGCAGCUCCAUGACCAACAGUACCGCGGCCAGCCGGCCCCCGGUCACCCUCCGUCUCGUGGUUCCUGCCAGCCAGUGUGGAUCCCUCAUUGGAAAAGGAGGCUGCAAGAUCAAAGAGAUCAGAGAGAGCACGGGGGCACAGGUCCAGGUGGCUGGAGAUAUGCUGCCCAACUCAACUGAGCGAGCCAUCACCAUCGCUGGGAUCCCACAGUCCAUCAUCGAGUGCGUCAAACAGAUCUGCGUCGUCAUGCUGGAGUCUCCCCCGAAGGGCGUCACCAUCCCGUACCGGCCCAAGCCAUCCAGCUCCCCCGUCAUCUUUGCAGGCGGUCAGGACAGGUACAGCAGCGGCAGUGCGAGCUACCCCCACACCGCCCCAUCCAUGUGCCUCAACUCUGACUUGGAGGGACCACCUCAGGAGGCCACCCGGCAGCCACUGCAUGGCAACGAACUUGGGCCAAUUCCAGCCUGGGCUGCAGUUCUUCCGGCCUAUACCAUUCAAGGACAGUAUGCCAUUCCACAGCCAGAUCUGACCAAGCUGCACCAGUUGGCAAUGCAACAGUCACACUUUCCAAUGUCUCAUGGCAACACUGGAUUCAGUGGCAUUGAAUCCAGCUCUCCAGAGGUGAAAGGCUAUUGGGCAGGUUUGGAUGCCUCCGCUCAAACCACCUCUCAUGAACUCACCAUUCCAAAUGAUUUGAUUGGCUGCAUCAUCGGGCGUCAAGGCGCCAAAAUCAAUGAGAUCCGCCAGAUGUCUGGGGCGCAGAUCAAAAUUGCCAACCCGGUGGAAGGCUCUACUGACAGGCAGGUCACCAUCACUGGAUCUGCAGCCAGCAUCAGCUUGGCCCAGUAUCUAAUUAAUGUCAGGCUCUCCUCGGAGACCGGGGGCAUGGGCAGCAGCUAGGGCCGCGGCAGCCCCUCCUCACCUCGCCAUCCAUCUGCACCCCCAGAGCCGGCCCCAGGUUUUAAUCUAGUUUGUACAUUUUUCGGUUCAUCCUCUCUCUCCUCUCUCUGCGCCCGCUCAUCAGGUUCCGUUUUUUUGGUUCAUUUUGGGUUUGUUUUUUUUCCCCUUUACAGCAUUGUAAUCCCUUUUCUCUGCUCAGCCAGUCCCGCUGAGCACCAGAUCUUAGUUUUGUAAAGCUUCUCUCUCCUUCCGACCCUUAAAAAGAAAAAAAAAAACCCUAAAACUCCCUUUUUUCGGCUCAUGAAGUUCUGUUCUGUCACAAAAUGUAAGAGUGGAAGCGAAACAUUUCAGUUUGAGUUCUGUAACGUUGGGAGAUUUUUCAAAAAAACAAAUAAUUAAAUAAAAAGAUGGACUGGAGCUUUUCCUUGUGAAUAGAAAC